GUGUGAGUUGCUAUAGCAACGAAAAGACGCUGCCCGCCGGGCUCUGAGUCCGAGGGGAAGGGAGAGCGCGCGCCCAUGAGACAGGCAGGCGAGGAAUAAAGGAAGUGUGGCCAGCCUGCCUCCAGGGGAUCAGUUCUGCAUAAAAGGCAUCACAAUGAGAGGGCAACAGCAGCUGCAGUGAUCCUGAGCUAUUGCCAUGUAUGAAGCAAAAGAAAGACAGAAGUUUAUCAACGAUGCUCAGUAUCUGAGAGAGAUGCAGCACAAGAUGGAUUCAGAAUAUCAGGCUUGCUUGAGAAAACAAGAGCCAACCAGAGAGCAGACUGAGAAGAAGCGAGAUCAUCACACCAGACCAGAACUGAGGCAGACUAGUAUAUCUUCCAUUUCUGCUGUGCGUACUUGUGAAAGGCCAUGGAUUUCAAGACUUCCCAUUAAUAGAAAGACCUCUUCUGAUGAAGUUUCUGGAUGUGAACUGAAAUCCUCUAUAAAGUCUCUUGGGAACAAGCCGGAAGCAAAAUUUCCUGCAAUUGACAAAACAUCAGUUAAGCAGAAGCAAAAACAAAGCACGUGCUCUAGAAAAUCAGAAAGAAAUGGAUCUGGCCCCCGAAAAGAUACUGCGGUUUUCCAGAAGCCAAUUUUAGCAAGAAGGCGGAUGAACCAGAGAAGUUUCCCAGAACACUCAGACUUGGAAAAUAUUAGAAAAGUCGAAGGAAGAGGGAGGAAGACACCUGUACUGCAGGGGAUAACAAAGAUUGCUAGAGAGUUUGACUCUCAAGAUGCCAUGGAACAAAAAAUUAACCAUGCUCCAAAGGCUAAGAAGAAAUCACAAGAAAAAAGAAACCUAAACCAGUCCUCUAAACUAAGCAUUGAUAGCAAACGCUUAGACAAGAAUCUCAAAAAGGGAAGUGUUCUGACAACAGUACAUCAGCCCCCAACAAAUUCAAUGGAUUCUACUGUUCAGGUUGCUAAUAUUCCUUCCAUAUCAACGGAGUCAAACAAUUCAAAUCUUCCACCCAUUAAAAAUACCUCUUUGAGGCCCCAAGAAGAUGAUUUUUGUGCAAUGUUAUGCUCGCAUGUGGAAGAUUCCCCUGGAGAGAAUGAAGACACAAAAGAUUUUGUCCCCUUAGAAGAAGAGCUUCUGUCUGUUGAUUUCAGCAAGCCUCCUCCUCUUGACCAAAAUAGCAGGGUUGGUGGAACAUCUUCAAUACAGUCAGCUCAAUAUAACUGUGAAAUAGGAGUUGGGGGUGAUGGAAGAAGGUCUGAACUUCCCCACAGAUUGCUACGGCCAUAUAAUGUAACAGGAGAUCCAGCUAAUGAACAGUCUACAGCAGGGCAAAGAAAGACAAGAGAUCAAAGAAAACCUUACAUUUUUGAAGAAAACUUUUUGGAAGAGUCUCAUAAAAGUGAAGGUGAACAUACAGCACUUAGAGUAAAAAGCCCACAUGCCGAGAGCAGGCCAGGAAGCACAACAGUUGAUGAGGCUGUUAAUAAUUUAAACUGUACUGAAGACUGGCCAGGGAGCAAUGCCUUUGGCAGAGAAAGACAGGGUUUUGAAAGCAAUCAGAGAUGUUAUGCUGGUUCAAGCAGGCCCACAAUUCAGAGACCUAUGCGUUCUGCAUUUAAUCUCCCAGCGUCCUUAGUUCAACCUGCAAACAGAACUGAGGCUACAGGCAAUGCUGAUGUUGCUGCUGCAGCUUCUGGGCAAGUCACAGAACUUAGCGGGAGUCCGAGGUUCAUUUCUCGCAGGCAGCUAUCCCCUUUAAGAAUCAGGGAUUCUUUCUCAGCUACUGAAAGUUGUCAGUCUUCAUCAUCCACUAUUAGCACCUUUGAGGAUAGUAGCUUGCUUGAGGAUAGCAUAAGCAACGGUCUAAGCAGUGUUUCACCAAGUACCACUUCUCAUGAUGAAGACAACUUUCUGAAUUCCCAUAGCUCCUCUUCCUCCACAGAUUCUUCCCACCAGUCUCUUUUCCGGGCAAACUUUACAGCACACCUUCACAUGACUGGCCCUCUGCCUGAUCAAGUGCCAAUUUUCCUGACGGUGUCUGAUCUGCGAAAUCAGAGCACCUUUGUGAGCAGCACAACUUCCUGCAAUUCCCCCAGUGCAAAGGAGAUUAAUAAGCCUGAGACGGACCCUGAGAAACUAAAAAAAUUGCAAGAAAGUCUCCUGGCAGAAGACUCUGAAGAGGAAGGAGAUCAAUGUCGGAUAUGUCAGAUUGCUGGAGGAUCUAUAACCAAUCCCCUGCUAGAACCAUGUGGAUGUGGUGGGUCACUUCGAUUUGUCCAUCAGGAAUGUCUUAAAACCUGGUUAAAGGCAAAGAUAAAAUCAGGUGCCGAGCUUGGUGCAGUGAAAACAUGUGAACUAUGUAAACAGAGCCUUACUGUAGAUCUGGAUGAUUUUAAUGUGAAUGACUAUUAUAGGAAUCAUCAGCAGUCACGGGCCCAGGAUGAACUGAUGAACUCAGGCCUCUACCUUGUGCUGCUGCUUCACUUAUAUGAACAAAGAUUUGCAGAACUCAUGAGAUUAAACUACCACCAAGCUUCCAGAGAUCGGCUCUCAAGACAACCUAGAACAGAGGAAAACCAAAGGUCUAGUCCGGAGGUCUUGAAGAUUCAACCAAUUCUGGCAACACUGGCUAAGAACUGUCAAGAGGGCUCCAAAGAAGAGAACUGUUUUUGGCAAUCUGACAACCGUUUUCUACAUUCUUCCACUUUAACCCUCUUUCUUCUCCCCAGGCCAUAAUGAGUAUGUACAGCAUAUUCAGUGUCACCAUUUAAAUCCAAAGCCUUCUAAGGGUCUGGGGCUGAUAUGGUUGUUUGUCUGGUUUGGUUCUUCUGUUGUUUUUAAAUUACAAUACUGCUUAACAAACUUUUUGAAACAACAUGGCUUAUUAACCGCAACGUGCAGAGUGUAAAUGCUUAAUCUCUCUUACUGACCGGCUUCUGGCUACUUAAUCAAAAUGUAAAUGAUGUCCUGGCUUUGUAUUUGUACAUUACUGACCUUUGGCAGUUAUUUGAAAUGGCAUAUUAGAUAUCCACUUUUCUUCCACAAUUAAUCUUCCCCUUUUACAGAUUUGCACUUCGGAGCAAGCGGUGAGGGGCCUUAAUGAUCAAGAAGCAUUUUGUUCAUUAUGUUAAAUUGUAUACUGAGUAUUGACAAAGGACAUUCUGUAGUACACAGAUGUAAAUAUAUUGAUGUACUGUUGUAAGAUUACCUUUAUAACAUUACUUCUCUAUAAAUGGCACAAAUGCUGCGGCAAAAAUACUA